GGAGGGAUAAUAUUGCAUUUUCCCCUGAGAAUUAAAGAUCCCAUGACAUGCUCCUUUUUGGAUCCUUUUAUAUAGGUUUUGGUGGUCCCCUAAUACUGUUUCUGAAGUCUAUUUCCCCAAAUUCAGCCGUGCUGCAGAAUUAUUGCACACGCUGUGGGUUGUUGUAAUUGAUUGCAUCUUGUCGUUUCAUUUCAGAGGGAACCGGUUGUGCUGUUGUGUUCAUGAAACCAGAACGUGUGUGUAAUCGUCUGGUGAACCGUGUUGGGACUCAUCCUUCAUCACGUCCUCUGUUUCACAGGUGACAUCGUUUCGAUACUGAUUUGAAUAUUCAUAGUACUGAAGCAAAUAAAGUGUUCACGCAAUCAAAAUGUAAAUCUUUCUUUAAAGCUUGGAGGAGGAUUCUACAUGGAGGCGUUCAGUAGAAACAGAGAAGAGAACGCAUAUUCUACUUCAUGUGUUUCUAUUCGUUAUGUUUAUUAGCCUCUUCAGUGAUAACACAGUAUUUAUGUACUACUGUAAAUAAUGAGCUGCGUCAGUGACAUGUCUACAGGCUGAUUGAGCAAUUAAGUGUCGCUUUGUUUUUCUCUGAGUUUCUACACAUCACAGCUCUCUGUCCAUUGUUCGUAUUUUAAUAAAGCAAUUAUACUUGAUCACUGAGUCAGGUCAUGGAACAGCAGCCUAUAAGACGUAAGUCUGGGAGGAGUAUGAACUGGGAGGGGAAGUGGUACAACUGGUAAGUUCAGCAUCAUUUCCUUACUGAGUCAGAGGGUUUGGUUUGGUGCACUUUAUCACAGCAGGAAGAAGGCUAAGGUACUGGACUUUACUUUCUGAUAUAUCAUGAAUAUACAUAACUUUGAAUCUUAUCAAAAGGUUGACGGUUAGUUUUCUUUAAAAACACUUUAAAAACGUUAGUAAAUGUAUGGAUGCUAAGCAAUUGGUCAAAAUUAUUGUUGAAUAAUUUACUUGAUUCUUGCGAGAUACGGCUCAGGUUAGACUGUGUACAUUGGGGAUAGAAACCCAGAAUCUUUCAUCAUAGAGUCAGCGGUUUAGGUUAAAGAACUUCCAUUUCUUUUUCUUCCUUAUUAGGAUAGAAUGAACAGUUGUUAUAUUUGACGUGCGAUACUCUGAUUAUAAUAUUUAGACAGGAAGAUGGCCAUCUUGGUUAGUGAAGGUGUUUAAACGUGAUCUUGACCUGGGUCUUUUUCUCUGUGGUCCUGCAUCAAAGAUCUGCUUGUGAUGUCAUACAACAUGAGGAAGUCCAUAUAUGGACAUGCCUUCAAAGUGGCAUAACCAGCAUAGGGAUUAGUAUGUAUGAUAUCCGCACGGUAAAAUUGAUCUUGCUCAGACACAUUUGAAGCCCUAUAAGACAUUCUGUGUUGAAUGAUGAACAGUUAAUAGAUACGUCAUCUGUGAAUCCUCUUCCUCAUUGAGAAUGAGAGGGGCUAUGAAUCUCUUCUAGGAAAGACCACCCUGCCUCUCGACCAAAUUAAACAGAGACAACAGCCCCCUGUGACCGGCAAUAAGAAGCUCCUAUAAAAUCAGCGAAUAAACAAUCACUGACUGUCAGUAGAAAGAAUAUGUAGUAGUGUUUGUGUCCAGGUCUCCAGUCUGCUAUGGAUGAGGACAGAGAGGAGGGGGGACCUACCUCUAAAACCACUCUGUCUGGGGAACAUGGCCGCCAGAGCAAAGCUAAGAGCCCAGAGCAGCAGGAGAGAGCAGACUCCCCUGGACCCAGCUGUGUCUCCAUGAAGAGUGACAACUCUAUGGAACAACCUGUUAACUUUAAAGAUGGAAAUCAGUCUAUUGAGAAGAGCCCAAAGUGGCAGGAGAGAGCAGGGUCUCCUGGACCCACCUGUGUCUCCCUGAAGAGUGACUACUCUAUGGAUCCACCUGUCACAUUUAAAGAUGGAAAUCAAUCUAUUGAGAAGAGAAGACUCCAGCAGGAGAGAGCAGACUCCCCUGGAACCAGCUGUGUCUCUCCAAAGAGUGAACGCUCUGUGGAUAGACCUCCUGAAUUUAAAGAUGGACGCCCCUCCAGAAAGAAGAGACAACACCAGAAGAGGUCAAAGGUUACCAGUGCUCAAUCUGUACAGCAGCAUCAAACAGAGCUGAUCAAGAGGGCUGAGGAGAAUGCACACGCUUUUCUAGACAAAGAGCUGAAGAAGCUCUGGAGGGUUCUCUACCCCGAUUACCCACAAUGCGAGAGUCAGAGGGAAGAGGAGGAGGAGGAGGAGGAGGAGGAGGAGGAGGUGGAUGGUAAGAAAGAGGAGCAGAGGAGGCGGGCCAUAGAGGGAGUGGUAGACAUCACAAAGCUCUGCCUGAUGGAGAUGAACCAGGAGGAACUGGCCGACACACUGUGGGGUGGAGCUGUUGCUGUUGGGUGCCAAAAUAAAAUCAAGUCUCAUCUGAGGGAGAAGUUCAGGAAUGAGUUUGAGGGAAUUGCUAAAGCAGGACAGCCAACAGGUCUGAAUGACUUCUACACCGAGCUCCUCAUCACAGCGAGAGGCAGUGGAGAGGUCAACCAGGAACAUGAGAUCAGACUUAUUGAAACAGCCUCCAGGAAACCAGCCAGGGAGGAAACACCGAUCAAAUGUGAACACAUCUUUAAACCCUUGCCUGGACAAGAUCAACCAAUCAGAACAAUAAUGACAAUGGGAGUGGCCGGCAUUGGUAAAACCGUAUUAACCCACAAGUUCACUCUGGACUGGGCGGAAGGCAAAGCCAACCACGACAUACACUUCACAUUUCUCUUGACUUUCAGAGAGCUGAAUUUACUGAAAGGGAAGGAGUUAAGCUUGGUGGAACUUCUUCAUUACUUCUUUAUUGAAACCAAAAUAGCAGCAAUCUGCAGAUUUGACUGGUUCCAAGUUGUCUUCAUCUUGGAUGGUCUAGAUGAGUGCCGACUGCCUCUGGACUUCCAGAACAACCAGAUCUGGACUGAUGUCACAAUGCCGACCUCGGUGGACGUGCUGCUGACAAACCUCAUCAGGGGAAACCUGCUUCCCUCCGCUCGCAUCUGGAUAACCACACGCCCUGGGGCAGCCAAUAAGAUCCCUGCUUUGUGUGUUGACAAGGUGACAGAGGUGAGAGGCUUCAAUGACUCACAGAAGGAGGAGUACUUUCUGAAGAAAUUCAGCGAUAAGACGCUGGCUAGCAAAAUCAUCUCCCACGUCAAGAAAUCACGAAGCCUCCACAUCAUGUGUCACAUCCCAGUCUUCUGUUGGAUCUCUGCAACUGUUCUUGAAGACCUCUUCCAACCAUCCCAGAGAGUAAAAGAGAUGCCCAAGACUGUGACCCAGAUGUACAUCUACUUCCUGAGGGUUCAGUCCAUACAGGCGGACAUGAAGUACCAUGGGAGAGCUGAAAAAGAUCUAGACUGGAGUUCAGAGAGCAGGGAGAUCAUUGUUUCUCUUGGAAAACUGGCUUUUAACCAGCUGGAGAAAGGCAACCUAAUCUUCUACGAGACAGACCUGGCAGAGUGUGGCAUCGAUAUAAGAGCAGCCUCAGUGUACUCAGGAGUGUUCACCCAGAUCUUUAAAGAGGAGUAUUGGCUGUACCAGGACAAGGUGUUCUGCUUUGUCCAUCUGAGCAUCCAGGAGUUUCUAGCUGCACUUUAUGUCCUUCAGUCCUUCAUCAACACUGGUGUCAAUCUAUUCUCAGAAGAACCAGCUACCCCCGGCAAAGAUGAACUCUUCCUCUACCAGAGUGCUGUGGACAAGGCCUUACAGUGUGAGAACGGACACCUGGACUUGUUCCUCCGCUUCCUCCUGGGCCUCUCUCUGGAGACCAAUCAGAAACUCCUACGAGGUCUGCUGGGAAAGACAGGAAGUAGAUCAAUGACAACUCAGUUUAAACAAGGUCUGCUUUGGCUGACAGGAAGACAGCCCAAUCAGAGAACAGUCUGUUACAUCAAGGAGAAAAUAAAUGGAGAUAUCCCUCCAGAGAGAAGCAUCAAUCUGCUCCACUGUCUGAAUGAGUUGAACGACCCUUCUCUAGUGGAGGAGAUCCAACAGUCCCUUACAUCAGGAAGACUAUUCAUGGAAUCUCUCUCCCCUGCUCAGUGGUCUGCUCUGGUCUUCAUCUUACUGUCGUCAGAUGAGGAGCUGGAUGUGUUUGACCUGAAGAAAUACUCUGCUUCAGAGGAAGGUCUUCUGAGGCUGGUGCCAGUGGUCAAAGCCUCCAAAAUAUCUCUGCUGAAUGACUGUCUUCUGUCAGAGAGAUGCUGUGAAGCUCUGGCCUCAGUUCUCAGCUCCAGCGCCUCUAGUCUGAGAGAGCUGGACCUGAGUACCAAUGAUCUCCAGGAUUCAGGAGUGAAAUUGCUCUCUUCUGGACUGGGGAGUCCACACUGUACACUGGAAACUCUCAGGCUGAAUGGCUGUCAGCUGUCAGAGAGAUGCUGUGAAGCUCUGGCCUCAGUUCUCAGCUCCAACUCCUCUAGUCUGAGGGAGCUGGACCUUAGUAUCAAUGAUCUGCAGGAUUCAGGAGUGAAGCUGCUCUCUGCUGGACUGGGGAGUCCACACUGUACAUUGGAAACUCUCAGGCUGUAUGGCUGUCGUCUGUCAGAGAGAUGCUGUGAAGCUCUGGCCUCAGUUCUCAUCUCCAACUCCUCUAGUCUGAGAGAGCUGGAUCUGAGUACCAAUGAUCUGCAGGAUUCAGGAGUGAGGCUGCUCACUGCUGGACUGGGGAGUCCACUAUGUGCACUGGAAACUCUCAGGCUGAAAGGCUGUCAUCUGUCAGAGAGAUGCUGUGAAGCUCUGGCCUCAGUUCUCAGCUCCAACUCCUCUAGUCUGAGAGAACUGGACCUGAGUACCAAUAAUCUGCAGGAUUCAGGAGUGAAGCUGCUCUCUGCUGGACUGGGGAGUCCCCACUGUACACUGGAAACUCUCAGCUUAUCUGGCUGCCUGGUCACUCAGGAAGGCUGUGCCUCUCUGACCUCAGCUCUGAGCUCCAACCCCUCCCAUCUGAGAGCGCUGGACCUGAGCUACAAUCACCCAGGAGACUCAGGAGCUACGCUGCUCUCUGCUGGACUGGAGGAUCCACGUUGGAGACUUGAAACUCUCAGGUAUGGAGAGGACAGCUCACCUCUCAGGGACAAUGUCUUGUACUAG